CCUUCAUAGAUGGCUGUCGAACACGCCUUCCUCACUAACAUGUGAGGUGAUUUAAACUUUGAAGUUCCACUCACUCAGCUUUGAAAAUGGAACUGGGAAACCUGAGCUAUGCCGUCUCAAACGUUUCGCGGCAAAAUUCUUCGAGCACAGCGAAACCUGGUGGUUGUUCUCAUGGUAUCGUUCUUGGGUGGCAUCGUUUACGGCUUACUUUCCAUUUUGAGAAAUUCUGCAGUGCUCAUUGACUCAAAAUCGGCCUGCCUCAGAGAUGCAUUUUCAGACAUCGUGUUGGUAAUUGUUUACAACUAUCCUUUCUACUCAAGUAUUCCAGCGCUCACUGCCUUAUACAAGCAUGCAUUUCCCACGAUAAUGUUUUGCGGACCGCGAAAGACUAAGGACUACACUGUGGAGGCUUUGUACAUUAACAAAGGAUACUUCUCCUACACGUGCAUGUCACGUGCCAUGGAGAAACAUCCGGGGUAUACAGGAUAUUUACUUAUCAACGAUGACGUUUUAUUGAACUAUUGGAACUUCGUUGGUAUGGACCGGGACAAAAUCUGGGAAGGGCCGAAGGGAACGAUACUACUUUUUAACUACACUCAGCCUGCAAAUUGGUAUUGGUGGAAUUCCACAUGGGGAAUGAAAACCUGUCAAAAAUCUUAUGAUGAAAUCCGGGGUUUGGGCAAGUCCUUGAAAAAUGAAUGGUUGCCAACUAUGAUUGAUGAUAAUCACAACGACGCACUGAAUGCAAAUGCUCCUCCCUGGAGCCCGAUAUGGGACAUGGAGGGGUCGAUAGAACUUUUGAAACAGAAUGGAAAUGGAACGUUAAACUGCUACCGCGGUCGCUCAGACAUAUUUUACAUACCCGGUAAAUUUUCGGAAGCGUUUCAAACACUCUCCUAUAUUUUCUACAAGCACCGUUCAUUCUUAGAAAUUGCAGUUCCUACCAUGUGUCGUAUGCUUGACAAGGUGGAGAAUUUUAAGUUUAUCCCUGGGAUUUACCUGCCUGGAAAAGCGGGGGAACCCUUGGUUAGAAAGGCUGAGCACUUCUGGAAAUCGUACGACGAGAACUUGGCGUUCAUUCAUCCUUUGAAACUUAACUAUGAGCUCGAUGGAAUUCUAAAUAUGGCUUUACUGAGAAACAGGAUGUUGAAGUAUAGUGACAGCAUUAGUAAAUGCUAAAGUAAACUGAUGUUAAGGUUCUUCCAAAGCAACUGCGCAC